AUGGAUAUUUUGCGACAAUCCUACGCAUACGGCAAGUCGCCACUCAUCCCUACAUCGAAAUCGGUGCCCCAUAAUGCGCUCCUCUUCGGGGGAAGUAUCUCAAAGUCUCUCUCGCCGCUCCUCCAUGGCAUCCUCUUCAAAUCGAAAAACGCAAUAUGGCAUUAUGGCAAGGUACAAACGAUUGACCAGGCCGAGUUCAAGGCUCGGUUGACUUCCAAUGAUACGAUCGGGACCUCUAUCACCAUGCCCAAUAAGGUGACAUUUGGCAAAGCUCUGGAUGACCUCACUGAAGAAGCUCGCGCCAUCGGAGCAGUGAAUACCUCAUUCCUCAGAAUGACGCCAGACGGACGUCGCCUUCAUAUUGGCACGAAUACAGACUGCGUCGGGAUUCGUGAGGCAAUCUUGCACCGGCAUCCCUCAGCCAUAUCAGGAGCCGAGGGUAGAGCGGCCAUGGUAGUGGGCGGAGGGGGAGCUGCACGCAGCGCCAUCUACGCCUUGUGGAAAUGGUUCCGGCCAUCGGAGAUCUACAUCGUCAACAGGCUGGAGUCCGAAGUUAAGGAUAUGGCCAGCCACUUCACAGUCGCAAUUCCGAGCAUUAAGCUCCGGCAUAUUCAAACAAUUGAUAUUGCGCAGAAAAUGUCGGCACCAUACAUAAUCGUUGGAACUAUCCCUGAUUAUGCUCCGACACAGCCGGGCGAAAUCAUCUGUGCGAGAAUCUGCGACGUAUUUCUACACAAGUCGGACAAAGGAUUGCUCGUGGAUAUGUGCUACAUGCCUUCUCCGCAAACAAAUCUCAUCAAAACUGCACAAGGUCAAGGAUGGAAUACAAUUGUUGGGACUGAGGUGCUGGUCCGGGUAUGUGUCGCUCAGCAGAUUCUGUGGGUUGAGGAAGAACCAAAUGAAAUAGGCGUACAACAAGCGUUAGCAGCAAUUGAGGAGAAAACAAAUACUGAGCUAGCUAAAUUGUAA